ACACUACAUUCGUGUCCCCCUUCUUCUCUGGUGAUACCUACCUCGCUCCGUGUCUCUCCCAUCACCUCUGGCCCCAUCUACAACACUCCCCCGUGUCUCCCAUCACCUCUGGCCCCAUCUACAACGCUCCCCCGUGUCUCCCAUCACCUCUGGCGCAUCUACAACAGGUCGGGGAGGUGGUGCUGGUCCACGGCAGCUCUGGCAUGUACAGUGAGGUGAAGGUGAAGGUGCCACUAACUCGUCGCUCGGGUUACGCCAUCCUCACCAUCUACAUCCCCACCCUCGUCCUCCUCGUCGUCAGCUACGUCACCCUCUUCUUCAGACCCGUCAUCUUCGACACCAGGAUGAUGUCUGCUCUCACCGUCCAGCUCGUCAUAGCCACCUUGUUCUCCCAGGUGUCAGCCUCGUUACCCAAGACUUCCUACUUCAAGAUGGUGGAUGUCUGGCUCCUCUUCUGUAUUGGUAUUACGUUCCUCACCAUCAUAUUCCACGUCAUGGUGGACAGCAAAGUAAACCGGUCUGGAGGAAAAUCUGUGCGACCAACUGAAAGUUCCGUUACCACCAGCAUCUUAGUGGGACAGAAAGGACUACCUCGGAAACCUGUUCCACUUGUUGUUCGAAGUAAAUGGAUGAACUUUGAGACAGACGAACAGAAGAUGGUUAUGCUAACGCGGAUAACAAUUCCUGUAGUUUUUCUCAUCUUCAACUUUUGCUACUGGAUAUAUAUAGUGAUUUAUUGAUCAGGUUAUGAAGCCUCUGCUACUGGAUAUAUGCAUUGUCUUAAUGAUCACUGGCUAUAACCUCAUGUAUAGGAUAUAUAUAUUGAUCAAUGGCUUCAACCCAUACCACUGCAUAUGCAUAUACUGAUAUUGAUUACUGUCUUCAGCCUCUGCUACUGGACUUAUAUAUACGCGGUAUCAAUUACAGGCUGUCUUAAAUUAUAUAGGCGAUUUAUUAAUUUGAAGCUACAGUCUUUACCAUUUAAUUUAUGAGAUAAGUUUAAUAUUAUUUUUGUCUACUUACUUUUUUCGAGUUUUUAAGAAUAACAGUGGAAUAUAAUGAUAUUAUUAACAAUAUUCUUUGCUACACAUGUAUAAUACUUAAUAAUUUGAGUUAA